AUGCAGCCCAGCGAAGAAGACGAAGAUGAAGUGAGAGACGAAAUAUCGGUGAAAGACGAAAUAACAGUGAAAGGACCGGCCAUACUGCCUCUAGAUGCAGAGACCAGCGUUGUUGAAGAGGAUGGGCCCCGGCAGUAUCGGCCACGGUUGACGCGGAAGAAUCUUCGUCGUCUCAACAGGAUUACGUCAGACAAGAAUCUCGGAACGCAGUCCUGCCCUUCAGAAUACACAGUUCAUUCGUCCCUGGGCACGGGGGUGAGAACCACAACGACAGCAACGUCGUACCUUGCUAUGCAGGCCCUGAAGAACGGCGUGUUUGAUUGCCGUAACUCCAAGAUCCCAGCGAACCUGGACGAUAUUCGCAGACGAUACGACCAAGCCUGCGAUGCCUAUUCGGAUACCGAGUCAGUGUAUGAGGACUACGUCGAAGCCGUUAGUGCAGCCCGCAACUCGGCAACUCUGACCAUGGAAACGAGCGGGCUGCUGCUCAAAAAGUACCCCAGAGAAGGCUACAAAAAAGCAUACAAUCAGAAAUUUACAAACUUUCCCAAAGAUGCUGGUAUCAAUCGAGGCCUGUCUAUCCCAGUACCCGAUUUUGUCGAGGGUCUUCAGAAGGACGAGUUCCAGCCCUUUCCGAUCGACGAGAUGGCCAGCGGGGCUGUUCUGUACAAAUACGACCCCUGUUCCCUAACACUGCCGCACCUGGCGGGCGAGUGGUCGUUGUACGGGACCAAGGAGAAAGUCAGAUGGCGUAGCGCUUACCAUGGCGCAGCGCUUGUUUAUACAAGGAACAAGGCCCUUGCUUAUCUGGGGAUGUCUGACCCGCCUGGUCAUGCCCAAAUUAUCACAUUCACAAAUACGGGCAGCAGGCUCACCAUUUACGCUCACUACUCGGCCGUGUCGGAAAAAGGAAGGACGGAAUACCACCAGUAUCCAGUCAUAUCGACCAACGUACUCGAUACUCGUCUUGGCUUUACACAGGGUCGAACCGCUCUCCGAUGCGCGCAAGAUUACGCGAGGGAGGUAUCGUACACCCUGCGGGACGAGCUCAAGGAUCGUUGGGAGGAGGCACUCCACUCUGUCGCCGAAGGGAGCGAUCUGCCUGUUUCUGAUGGCACCACGGUGGAGAACUCUGAAGAUGACGGGCGUGAGCAGUCCGAAGAACCCACUACUCCGACGUCAGCGGCGCCAGGCUCCUCUAUCGAAGUCGCUCCAAUCUGGGAGUGA